GUGAGCAAGAAAUGAAGCCCACCUCAGCCCUUCCCCUCCUCUUCCUAUUCCUUUACGACAUCACCCUCUCCCACAGCGCCGCCGAAGCCGCCUCCGGCGGAGGCCGGUGGGACCUCCUCCAGCGGAGCAUCGGUGUGUCGGCCAUGCACAUGCAGCUCUUGCACAACGACCGCGUCAUCAUCUUCGACCGCACCGACUUUGGCCCCUCCAACCUCUCCCUCCCCGACGGCAAGUGCCGCCAUGACCACCAUGAACGGGUCCUCAAGAUUGACUGCACCGCGCAUUCCGCCGAGUACGACGUGGUCACUAACACAUUCCGGCCCCUCACCAUCCACACCGACACCUGGUGCUCCUCCGGCUCCGUCGACCCCGACGGCCGCCUUAUCCAAACUGGCGGCUCCUUCGACGGUGAACGUGCCAUCCGCACCUUCUUCCCGUGCACCGACAGUCGUUGCGACUGGAAGGAGGUCGAGGCCCUCGCCGUCCCGCGGUGGUAUGCGACUAACCAAAUCCUCCCCGAUGGUAGGGCAAUCAUCAUCGGAGGGCGUCUGCAGUUCAGCUACGAGUUUUACCCAAAAAGCAAUCCGUCUACUGCUGGCAUAACCAAUCUAGAGUUUCUACUACAAACAAGAGAUGUCGAGGAGAACAACCUCUACCCCUUCGUGCACCUCAACGUCGAUGGCAACCUCUUCAUCUUUGCCAACAACCGUGCCAUUCUUCUCGACUACACGAAGAACAACAUCGUAGGGACUUACCCUCCAGUGCCGGGCGGCGAUCCUCGGAGCUAUCCAAGCACGGGCUCGUCGGUCCUUCUCCCCUUAGAAUCGUCAGGGGAGGAAGCGGAGGUUCUUAUCUGCGGGGGAGCGCCGAGAGGAUCAUUUAUGAAAGCAAUAAAAAACGAAGCCUUCGUCGGAGCUCUGAGCACAUGUGGAAGGAUAAAGAUUACUGAUCCCUCGCCAACGUGGUUCAUAGAGACAAUGCCAACGCCACGAGUCAUGGGGGACAUGAUCUUGCUUCCAAGCGGCAAAGAAGUACUUAUUAUCAAUGGUGCAGCAGCAGGGGCUGCUGGCUGGGAGCUCGGGCGAAGCCCCGUCAUGAUCCCGGUCGUCUACUGUCCCGGGAAACCAGUCGGUGCCCGCUUUGAAGUCCAAAACUCAUCUUCCACCGCUCGGCUCUACCACUCCAGCGCGAUACUGCUGCGCGACGGACGGAUCCUUGUUGGUGGGAGCAAUCCUCAUGAAAACUAUGUCUUCUCGGGGGUCGAUUACCCGACAGAGCUCAGCUUGGAGGCAUUCUCGCCUGAUUACUUGGGCGCAGAACAUUCGAUAUUGCGGCCGAGAAUUAUCGAGCCGAGGACACCUCUAAUGCUGAAUUAUGGGAAGCAGUUCAGCCUCCGUUUCAAGGCGAGGUUGACGAGCAACGAGGGUGUUUCAGUGACGAUGGUGGCGCCGUCCUUCUCGACGCAUUCUUUUUCCAUGAACCAAAGGUUGCUUAUUUUGAAGAGCAGCAAGGCAGCAACGAUCCCUUCAGGCUCUUCUACGCAUGAAAUAGGGGCCGUGGCACCGAAGUCGAGAAUCCUUGCACCGCCGGGAUACUAUAUGUUUUUCAUUGUCAAUGGAAGGAUCCCAGGUGAGGGCAUUUGGGUCCAUAUCCAGUGAUAUAUACUUCUAUCUGGCCUCUUUGGAAGAACUCGCUGAAGGAGACCAAAUCUGAAUUCUGAAGUAUAGCAUGUGCAAUAGACCAGUGUAAUUGUUUGUCCUGAUUUAGUCUUUUCAUUUCUUUGAGAUGUUCAAUAUUAUGGCGGAGAGAGGGCAGCAUUUAAUAUUCCAGCUGGAAAGACGAAAUUGUGUACCUCUUCUCCGUACAUUUAUUAAAACAAGUUACAUAUCUCUUCUGCUGAAACAUAGAUUAUUGAAUCGCAUACUGAA